GAGAGGGGAAACUCAUUAGGAGGGAGAGAGAAAUGCCAGCUGUGGACGCUGUGGUUAAAUUCCAUCUGUGGCAGCGGCCGCAUAUACCGAUUAGUUGGGAGUAUUGUGUCAACCGGCUGCGUAAACGUAUGGAGUGAUCACUGAGAAGAUAUUAUAAGAGGAUCGUUCGCGCAAUCAUGGACGAUCGGCGGAACAGCCGCGAAGUGGUCACCAUAUUGUUCCUGUGCCUGCUCUGGUAUGGAAUCUCGAGUAGCAGUAACGUCGUCGGCAAGAUGCUGUUGUCGGAAUUUCCUUACCCGAUGACAGUAACCAUGGUCCAGUUAACCUCCAUCACCGUUUAUUCAGGCCCGUUCUUCAAUCUAUGGGGUGUUAGAAAAUAUUCCAAUGAUAUUCCCUGGGGAUACUAUCUACGGUUAAUCGUACCACUCGCCCUGGGCAAAUUCCUCGCGAACGUGUUCAGCCACGUCAGCAUUUGGAAAGUGCCCGUCUCUUACGCUCAUACUGUGAAGGCUACAAUGCCCUUCUUCACGGUAUUCCUCUCAAGAAUCAUACUGAAAGAAAAGCAGACUUGGAAAGUGUAUCUUAGCUUAGUCCCAAUCGUGGUAGGUGUGGCUGUAGCCACGCUUACAGAGCUCAGUUUUAAUAUGAUUGGCUUGUUGAGUGCCUUAGCAUCUACCAUGGCAUUCUCCUUGCAGAAUAUUUAUUCUAAAAAGGUGCUACACGACACAGGAAUACAUCACUUGAGGCUUCUACUCAUUUUGGGCCGCCUGGCACUGAUAUUAUUUUCACCUAUAUGGUUAUUAUACGAUCUGUGGAGGUUGAUAUACGAUCCAGUUACUGGAGAAUCUGCUGAUUUAAGUUACUAUAUAAUAUGCCUGUUACUACUAGAUGGUGUGCUGAACUGGUUGCAAAACAUCAUCGCGUUUUCUGUACUGUCUAUCGUUACCCCUUUAACUUAUGCAGUGGCCAGCGCGAGUAAACGUAUAUUCGUAAUCGCGGUAACUUUGUUCGUGCUUGGGAACCCAGUGACGUGGUUAAACAUAUUCGGUAUGACGUUGGCCAUACUCGGUGUGUUGUGCUACAAUAAAGCGAAGUACGAUCAGAGAAUAGAGAAAGAGAGUCGAACAGCGCUUCCGAAGUAUUAUGAUAAAGACCGUAACGGUAGUAAUAGUUCCUUUAUGGUAAAUGGAUGGACUGGAAAGAAGCAUCAAUUGCUUGCAGUCUAGUCUGAGUUAUAUUCGACUCAUUUUAUAUUUGACAAGUUCAUAUGAGUUUUUUCUGUUGAUAUAUGGUAUCUCAGUUAUAGUGAUUCAGAUAUUUACAUGGGAAUUAUAAAGGGAAGAUAUAGCAUUCUAGUUAAAACAAUAUACACGGAUCAAAACUCAUAUGAUGACAAAAAUAUUUAUAUACACGUACAUAUUUUAUUAGUAUUAUUCUGCACAAAAGAGCAAUUCUUUUAGUACUCAAAGCUGAUUGCCUUUUUUGUUCAUUUUAGGGAUUAUUUUAACUCCUUGCCGUACGAUUUAAGUUUCCAAUGCGGCUAAGAACAAAAUGUGUUUGUUGUAUGUAGCCCGAAGAACGUAUGUUUCAUGCUCGUUUUAUUUAUGAUUGGUUCCACGUGUUCUUCAUGUUUGGCCCGAAGGAGGUACCACGAGUCUAACUCGAUGUUGUAGGUUAAGGGAUUAAGAUGAUUUUACGUUUAUGUUAUCUUGCUUCUCACAGGCGAAUAGACUUGCUGGCAAGGUGGGACUAUAUAAUUCGCGAAAUUGUUAGCGUUCAUAGCUAAUUGCUGGGUCAAUUAGCCUUUAAGAUCGAUUACAUUCCCCUGUCGCGAAAACAAUGGUGAAUGGAUAGAAAUCGGAUUUCAACUGCAUCGAUUGAUAUCGAGCGAUAUUCAUAUACUAUCGAUUAGGUUUCAAAUUCAAUACCUUCUUCCAGCUAGCUCAGGUGUUGUGGUUGAAUAUCAUCAGCUCCUUAGGUUGUUAUAGCACUUUAACCCUCUAUGAAAAUUUGUCUUGAUAAUACUCCCAGUAGACUUUCGCUUGUAUGGACUAUUACCACCGAAAUAAUAUUUUUUCUAUGUACCGCCCAUAUUAAUGUAUGAAGUUUAGAAGUAUAAUUGGCGGAACGAAUACAGUAAGGUCUUAAAAAUUGGACUGCUCCUUUUUGGAUGCUAACUUAAUUUAGAUUCUCUAAUUACAGUCGUUAAAACCGCGUAGUGCCUUAUUAUAUUAAUUCCAGCAAUUAUACCUCCUUCUAGAAACUCUAGAAAUAAUUCGUGGAGGGUUAAAUAAGUGUCACGUUGACGUUCUUCAAGCGUGUGUUCAGAUAUGGUAUGCGUGAAUUGUAUGCAGGAGAUGUUCUAGCUGAAAGCAAUCUAUACAUUUAUUUUUAUAAAUAAAAUACAGGUGUGUAUAAAAAUA